AUGCUCAACAGUAUUAUGGAGGUAAAUAAAUUAAUGAUACUGGCUAAAUUCUUAUUAAUUACAAUUAUUUCAUUACAUCAAGUUUAUGCACAGUAUGCUGAGCGACUGUCGAAUCGUAUAGGCAGUAGGAUAAAAUUUCCGCGAAAUUAUUAUUUAACCAAGAAAGCUUACUUAACCAGUGGUUUAUCAAUGGCUUCACCAUUUAAUGAAAAAAUAGUCAGUGAUAGGAUAAUGUCAUCAGACUUUUCAUCUCCACCGCCAUUUUUUCAAAAAGAGAAAGAGAUUCAAAGAUCGGCGGUAAAUUUUCACGAUAAAUAUUACUACGAUGAUGCAUCAGUAAUAUCGUCCCAAGGAUCCUCUUCGUCUUCAUCGUCAGUAAUGUCACCUGUGUCUAAAGAAAAUGCUAACAGUGUUCUUUUAAAUAAAAAGAAAAUGAAUCAAGAUGGCGGGAUAAAUUUCCGUCAACACAAAGAAGAAGAUCAAUAUAAGGAACAGAUUCAAAAGCCUAUGCAUUCUUCUUUGACAAAAUAUUCUGCUAAAAUGAGGCCAUUGUCACACCUUCCAUCAUUUACCUCUUUCACAUCAUCACCUCCUGUGAUUAAAGAUACAUUGAAUCGAACGCUAGUGGAUUAUUCGCGUCAAAAUAGACGUCAACGUCAGCAUAAACAGAAGCAACAGCAGCAGGAACACAAACAAGAACAAGAAGAGGAGAAAGUGACGCAUCAGACUAAUAUGAAUAACCCUUUAUUAGGGUCAACAAAUGUCAGUGUAAGUGGGAGUCAUGAUGGCGAGCAAAAUUCUCAAAUUAAAGGACGCUGGUGGUUAGAUACAAUUGCAAAGCUAUUACAUUCUCAUCCACUAACUUUAUCGGGAAAUUCACGUACAUUACAAAAUCCAAUUAUUGAAAUCUAUAAUGAAGGUGAUAAGCCACCUUCAUUCACAAUGGAUAACAAUAUUAUCCCCCCAUGGAAUAAUAUACCUGAAAUAAAUUAUCAAAAUGAAAGACAAGUUUUAGCCUACAUGAAUCGUGAAAUGUAUAACAAUCCAUCAGUGUAUGGAUGGAGAAGACAAAGUUACGAUCCUAUUGCACAGAGUACAGCCUGGAUAGAACAUCAUGUUCGACAACGUAUACAGCGUUAUAAACAGUGGCUGUCACCAAAACAAUGGAAACAAUUUUUAACACACGAUUCUCCUACUUCUACACUUAUGAAUAACAGAGAGAAUGGAAUUAAUUCUCCAGCAAAAUUUAACUUAGCUUUAUUCGAGGCUGCUGUCGUCGGUGUACGACGUGCUGUUGCUGAGUGUCGUUAUCAAUUUAGACAUGAAAGAUGGAAUUGUAGCCAGGUACCUGAUGAUGAGACGGCUUUGUUUGGAAAUAUUUUACUCAAAGGCAUACCGCAAACUGCAUUUGUCUAUUCAAUUAUCAAUGCUGGAAUAGUCCAGUCAGUAGCUGAAGCUUGUUUAAAUCAAAUUGAUAAUUGUCCAUGCAAUAAUCGUGGUCGACAAGAACCAUAUUCCGACUGGCAAUGGCAAGGAUGUGAUCAUAAUAUACAUUAUGGACGACGGUUUUCACGACGUCUAUUGGAUACAAUGGAACGUGGUUCACAUAUAAGAUUUGAAAUGAAUUUACAUAAUAAUGGUGUCGGUAGACAGUUAGUACUUAAAAAUAUGGAACGUUAUUGUCGUUGUCAUGGAACGAGUGGAUCGUGUACAUUACGAACAUGUUAUAGACGAACGCCAAGAAUGCGAACACUUGGCAACUUAUUGAAGCAUAUUUAUGAAAAUGAUUUAGUUCAAGUUAAACUAAACUCUAACAGGCUACGCAGGAUUCGUAAUUCCGAUCUAGAUGAGCAUGAGAAAUUUCUGUCAGUAUCAAACAAAAUUCGACCAUCGUAUUCAGCAGACAAAGCUAUUAAAUUUACACCAUAUAAAAAUAAUUUCAAUCAAAAAUUGUCAACAAUAAACACCAACUAUUAUACUCAACAAAAUAAUAUAAGAAAAGUUUCUAAAAAGUCAAACUUAGUCAUUGUACCUCAACUGUCAGCGUCAAUGAAACCCUACGGAAAGGUGGAUAAUUUCACCAACCAAUCACCACAUUCAUCACAGUUGGUUUAUUAUGAAUCCGUUAACCAAAAGUUAUUUUGUGAUUCACAUCCAUCCUACCACAUACUCGGCACUAAAGGUCGUUUGUGUAAUUCCUCAUCAACAGGUUUAAACAAUUGUCGUCACUUGUGCUGUGGUCGUGGUUUCAUUACACAUCAUUAUUAUACAAUGGAAUCAUGCAAUUGUAAGUUUAUCUGGUGUUGUCGAGUGGAAUGUCAACAGUGUUUAGUGUUGAAAAAGGUGGAAACGUGUAUUUAA